AUGUCUGUUUUUCACAUUGUCGUACGUGACGAUCUUUGCUCUCUUGGCCUUGGUUUAUCCUCAUUCCCAAUCGGUAUCGUGGUGUUCAUUUACCAUCUACUCCAUCAAAAACGCCUCAAGCAUAUUACUGAUCACAUCGAUUUAUUUUCUAAGCGUAUCAGUCAACUCGGACAAGAAAAACUUUUCCUUACUCUAUUCAUGAAGAAAUCAAGGCUCGUACCGACCAUAGCUAAAGUCCUCAUAUGCAUGCCGUUCCUGACCAUCUUCGUCUAUGUGAUCCCGGUCCCAGUGAGUGACUGGUUCAACGGGACGUACAGGUCUCGACGCCCACUACCGACUCAGGGCCCGUUUGACGACAAGCAGCCAGGAGUCUAUGAGCUUCUUCUGUUCCUGGAGGCAUUCAGCAUUAGUUCCUGUUGCAGAAAGAACGCUACCGACUGCCUCUUCAUGGCCUUGUUCAAGAGUCACUCUGCUGUCCUCCAGUACCUUUCAGCGGCCAUGGACGACAUCCAGAGAGACUUCAGUUCUGGAGAUAAUGAUAAGGGCCAUAGGAAAUUAGCGUUGUGGCUUAAGCUCCAUCAAGAUAUCGUUAUGUAA